GUCGACGCGCGGGCUUUGAAAGAAAAUGGCGGAGCCUCAGAAUCAAGAAGGUUACGAGCAAUGUGAUGCCAGUAACAUCAAUACUAUGGCCUCAGAAGGGUCUCAUGGAGUCAAACGUCCUCAUGAUAGCAACCACGUCUCUGGUCCUCCUCAGAAGUCUCCCUGCACGUCUCCUGCUCCAGCAGCAAUGCAGAGUUUAGGAGAGAACGAGCAGCCCGAGGACAAGGUAGAAGAGGAAAGUGUAAAUGUUCCUGCUCCCGAACAAAACCCUCGGUCUCGGCGGAAGUCUUUAAGGAGAUCAUCCAGAGGCCGACGCUCUCUUCCGGCCUUUAGCAGCUCCUCUCAGCCUCUGUGUGAAACCAUCAGUCUGUCUUUACCUGAUGACGAGAGACUGGAGAUGCUCAUGAAAGCUGCGAUGCAGAGGACGGUGCAGAGGGUCAAAAGCAGUCUGUACACCAUCCCUGGUGUCGAUACGGAGACUCUUCAGACUCAAGUUGAAUCUUUGCAUGAAGAAUGGGACAGUCUGGCUAAAGACUUUAGCAGAGAAAUCCAGAACUCACUUCCACCUGCUGAAAGCGAUCCCGUUGUUAACAUGACCACUGCACGCAUUCAGGAGGACAUUAACAGGUUACAGGCCGAAUGUUCCUCAUGGGAGUCACUACUGCACAAACACCGGUUCAAAGCUGAUGAACUAAACAACUGUGGUUCUCUGUCGUGCUGCAGAUGUGUGGAGCGGGGUGAAGACACGGGUGUGCCGCUGGACCCAUCAUGCUUUGCCAAGUCUUCACAGAGUCAACUCAUUCUCAACAAACCUGACUACAAGACCGUGCUCACGAGACAGCAGAAACUACUCCAAAACAUGGAGCUAGUGAUGGACUCUCAGUGUUGUAUAAUGAAGGAUCUGCUGUCUUUCCAUGAGAAAUCUCAGCUGCUGCUGAAGGAGACCAGCGCCAGACUAGCUUCCAGCGCAGGAUUCGAGGAUCUUCCUUCGUCUCCAAUCAGACAGCUGGUGAAAGCACACAUAUCUAGUGUUUCCUCCUAGUUCACAGUGUUGUAAAAUUCUCUCAUAGUAUACUCAAAUAUAAAGCUCAGCGGUCUGACGUCACCCAUUUGGCUAUGCAAUAUCAACUUCUUCAAUGUUACUAGUAACAAAAUGUCAUUUUUCUGUAAACCAGGAUUUAAAAAAAUCUGAUCUUUGUGACUGAUGAAUUGUCCGUUAGCAUCUGUUUCCAGUUAGUGGCAGGAAACAGCCAUGUAUACAGAUUACACAAAGAUGAACACUAGAUGGCAGACUAGUUGUUCACCUAAAGCUCUUUUUUUUACCUGUAAGAUUUUAAAGACAGCUGUGUAGUGCUCUCUUGUACGUUUUUUUAAUCUGAAUUCCACAUUAAAUGCCUUGACGUUUCCUUCAAACAAAACAAAACCGUUUCUUCUUUUUUUCGC